AUGGUUGAGAAUGAACCGCCUCUGUCCCAUGGCAGGUUGGCCAUUGAGACCGCAAAGCAUUGGUGGAUGCCGAAGCCUUGCAAGGAGACAAAUAACCACAAGGAGAUGGACAGGUCACAUGCUUAUCUUGAUAGACUCUAUCACCUUGGUAUGGAUGAGAUGAUCAGACGCCGUGGCGACUACUGGCAGAGCAGGCUGAGGACUCAAAGCUCGCAUCAAUACGUCAAGAGACCUUGGAGGAUACUGGUGUCCAGAAAGCCGCUCUCUGCAGCAUUGACUCUCGCGCACGCGCAGCUUGGCCUCGUCUUGAUGAUGCUCAUCUUCAUCUUCCUGCAUCCUCAUGACUCUCUCCUCGUACAAGUCAGGAGCUUGAUUGCUCAAGAGACUUUCUCCCACUUCCGAGUCUCUACCGUGCACAACAAGUCAUCGUUGAGCGAGAUAGAAGACUGGGGUGUCAUGUCUCAAGGACACUUGUUUCCUACCCCUGAGGACGGAGCUGAGGUGUGCCGGGCGGAGUCGAGGAUACAGAUACACAGGAUCUCUCCAGACGGAGACGCGAGCUACAUCACGAUGCGUCAUGCGACAGUCACAGACGGGAUCUACUUCCUUUUGACCGAUGGAGGGGGGGCAGCUCGGCUAGCAGACUUGAAGAUAGAAGGGUCGAGCGACGGGCAUCACUGGAAGGACCUGAGGAGGUCAGGAGCGUGCGGUCGUGCGGUGAUGAGAGGACUGGGGAGGGAGGACCAAGACAGAUCCGGGUCCUUGACAUGCGGUAAGGGGAGGAGACAGCUGAUUGAGCUGCAUCUAUCCGGGGUGGAAUGCAAGUGGAUGGAGUACAUGGACGCAUGUAGGAGCCUGGUAGCAGUGAUCUGCAUCGUGCUUGCGCUGGUCUUGUCCCGGACAGAGAAGUACGAAGGUGCGGUAAAGGCGAUGGGCCUUGGAAGCCUCUUAUGGUCGAUGACGUAUCUGGGACUGUUCUGGCGGUAUGAGUGGGGUCACUACAGCACGGCCGAGGCUCUGUAUGCACUGCAAGCGCUGGGGAUGAUGGUGAUCUUUCCAGGUCCUGCGGUGAUCUCCGAGGCCGUCGCGUUUGAGCAGAUGCUCGUCUGCGCGUUGUACAUGAUCGCCUGCUCCCUUGCCCUGACCGCAAGGAUCAGUGUCAGCGCCAUCCUGGCUCUGACCUUCAUGGUCUUGUUGUUAGUGCUGAGGGAGGGAACCAAGCGGAGAUCGAGGCGAGUAGCCAUGGAAGGCGUGGAGGAAUAUGCAUCGAUCUUCGACGAGAGCAAAGAGCAGAUUCUUCCCUACUUGGACUCUCUCUCUCGGACGAUCUCAGAGCUCAAUCUUGAAAGCCAGCGGCGUACCUACAGGCACCAUACCUCGACAAGGCAGGCUGAAGAGGGCUUUGCCUACGGCCUUGGAAGCGAGCGCUUCACACGAUACAUGGCAGCUCAGUCAAGGGACAGCCGAGUCAAGUCACUCGACCAACUCUUCCUGCAGGCAAUCGUAGUGCACGACCAGUUCCUCAGCAAGCUGUUGGGAGAUGGAGACGGGUCAGCAUAUCAACGGGUCAGCGGCAUGGCGCUGCAGGACAAGCAAUGGGGGAACGAGGAGCCAUGCGGUCACACGGAGAAGACUGUCAACGCUGCAUCCUGCGACAUGGCAGCAGAGGAGAAUCGCGUCCGGGCGUUGAUGAGGCAGAAGUGCUGCUUCCCGGGUGACCUGUUGGAGAGGUACUUAGCGGAUGUUUGCCAUGGAGUGGAACGAGCUGACAUAAGCAGUGUGAUGUUCGGGACAGCUCCGAUCAAGCUAGGCUCACAGAAGCUUGCGCUUCAGCUUUUCUUGGUAUUGCAGGCGGCCGUGCAGAUAUGGAGAAUCUUCAAGCCAGGCGGAGAUUCUGAUACAAUUCGAGCAGAGAUGUCUUUCACAAGUCGCCACCUGCGCUUCACGACGUUGAUGGCCAGGGACGGAAAAUCUCCGAGAGGCCCUGGGAUUGCAAGCGUCGGUUUGCUUCACAACGGCUACGAGCUCAACUGCUCCAAGACAAGGCUCUGGGGCUACAACAACUCCCUGUACGCUUCUUUCGAGGAGGCGGUCGUUGCCAACGGAUGGUUCUUUCGCACAAGUGUCGAGAACGGCACAGAGGAGAGCGACCCUGCGUUGUUUGUCUUUUCCUUCUCCUCGGUUCCCUCCGAUGCGCCCUGGACGCUUCCAAGCAGAGCCUGGGAAGUAUACGGGGGACCGGAGUGCCACUGGAAGAUGUAUUCGGCAAGAUGUCACCCUCUAGCACGACGAGAGUACAAGACAAGCAGAUUGCGCAACCAUGUCCACGCGUUCGAUCAUCGACCGCCAUGGUUUCAAACGAUGCUUCCAUUGUACGGAGUGUUGGUAUCGUUCCACUAUACCAUGACUGCUGUGAUGGGAUGGAUGCGGAGACCGAUUGCGGCGAAGUUCUUUUGGGUAAACCUGUACUUCGUGCUGGGAAGCAUAGGGACUUGCAUGGCAGUGAUGCAUGUCUUGUGUACCACCAUAGAGUCAUCCUUCUACUGGUGGAUCGUGGGAAGCUCGCUCUUCGGACUGGGGCUGACGAGCUGGUUCAAAGAGAGAUAUGUCAUGCACUACCUGCUGUUUCAUGCAUGUCUGAGCUCUGUGGCAAUCAAUGUUUACUCGUGGUUGUAUCUUGGCAUCGGCUUCAGAGCUCCCAGCAGCGCUCCCGUCCUAAUCUUCACAUUUGUUGCCUGGUUGCUGUACAACAGGAUCGUCUUGUAUCGAGCAUGGCAGCACGUCGCAGAAGAUUGCAGGCACUAUGACGAUCUGACGACGAAGUUGUUGCGAGAUCCGGACAGCCAGCGAUGUAUAGAAAAGAUCUCAACACUGACCGAGUGUCUGGGUGUAGGGCGACAGUUGUCACAGUACCAGGCCGUGUCUCGCUUCCGACGAGGCUCUCGAUUCGGGUAUUCCUCCGCUGGGUUCGUAGUGCGAAGGUAUGCUUGGAUGGACUGAGGCAGCACGAUCGAGACGGAUCCAGUGCUUUGAUCAGCUCUACAUGCAGGCAUUCCUGCUGGACCCGCUGUUUCUAGACAAGGUCAAGAGUCUCGCAGAGAGGGCGGGAGGCUUCUGCUUGGUGGAGGAUGAAACGAGCGAAGCCAGGUGCAAGCCGAUGCGAUGGAGGGACUGCAAGCUAGACGAGGCUUUGAGGGGCAAAGCGCGCUUUGCCAAACUGAAGAGCAUCGACAGAUGUGUAGAGAAGCUCUCGAGGGCGUAUGCUGGGGACGUGUCGAGGCUCGUGGACAUCGUAAGGCAGAGCAUCAUGUUCGAGGAUCUGAAGGAGCUGCAUGCGUGCUUGGAGAUGAUUGCUGAAGAUCCAGACCUCCAAGUCAUCCGAGUCAAGAACAGGUUCGAUCGCCGCCACGAUGCCCGGCAG